AUGAUGCGACGUCACGAUGACAACGAUGUCCUUGGAGACCUGAACAUCUCUUCGGCCCGUUCUAGUUGCGAUCAUGCACCAGUCUAUCGCAUCCCAACCAGGACUGUCUCGGCUAUUGAACAUCCCAUGGUGAUCAAGGAUCACGACAAGGCUAUCAAGACAUUCGGCAGCAACUUCAACUUCGCCGCCGUUCUUGAUCACGAAAGUGCCCAAUUAUCGGUGCCAUUGUACCCCCGCUACGAUAAUCCUGUGGUGCGGCCCAUCAUAUCUCACAAUGCACCAUCACAUAAUGUACUGCUCAAGAUUGAAGUGCCUCGCAGGACUGGCAGGAAGCGGAAAAGAGGUAGCGACGGCCCUUGGCUCGAGCCAGGGGCUGAGGGAGCAGAGCCACAGCGCAUCUCUGGAGAGUUGAGAUGGUCACGCAUUAUGUCACAGAAAGGGCUUGAUGAGCCCAACAUACUUCAGAGAAAGCUGCAGGACAAUAUCGGCAAGUACAAGGUCGAAGCCGUGGGGCUUAUCAGGAACACGCAUCGAUAUAGAGGUCUGGUCGACUAUCAAUACUCGACAGUGAAUGCUCCGUUUAUGAAUAACAUCAUAGACAAGGUCCUUCCUGGCGACGUCUCCCAAAUGCGCAAAUUCACCAUGGAGCCAGGAACUGCCAAUCCUCCAAACGUAGAAAUCGUGCCACCACCAGUUUUCAGUCACAUGAAUUUGCCCUUCCACUACAACUACGCCCAAAACCCCUACGUCCGCACCGUACACAGAGAGGGCGGCGCAACUACAAUCAACCUCACCGCCCGCGCCAACCAUGCGGGCUAUUUUAUUGCGCACGAUACAUAUCCAGCUCCGAGCGCUCCCUCGCGGAGUCCCAACAUCAAAGAUCCACAGAUGGCUGCUGCUGUAGCUGAACUAAGCUUGGCCUUCGAGGAACGGCCAAUCUGGACGCGGCGCUCACUUACAAAUCGUCUUGCAGCGUCUGCGCGAUCCGGUGAGUUCAGUGAAAAUAUCAUCAAGCAUGCGAUGCCCUUCUUUGCAUAUCAGUUCAAAGGUGGACCGUGGCGUGACGCUGUGGUUCGGUAUGGUGUUGAUCCCCGCACCGACCCGGCAUGCCGAAUAUACCAAACCUUGAUGUUCAAGACCCGCCGUGCCGAAGCAGGUAAUCCAGAUCAGCAAUGGGCUUCCGUCCGCAGAUCUGAGGCUUCGACUCGCAAAUGGCGGAGGGCACCGACCCUUAACGCUGGCGGUCCCAAGAAUGGGGAGAACGAUGCGAACAGCCACAUAUUUGAUGGUCAAACGUUCUGUACCGACGGGAAGGUCUGGCAGGUCUGUGACAUUACAGAUCCCCUGCUGGUCAAGAUUUUUGCCAACGCCCAGGUCCGAUCCGAAUGUGAGGUAUCCGGGAGUGGAUGGUAUCGUCGUGGUCUGUGGGCUAAAGCUCGUGCCAUCAUGAAGUGCAAGAUGCUGGCUAUUGCUUUUGGCAGGACUUUGUCCGAUCAAGAUUUUACUCCAGCUUUGGCUUUGGACGAUGGCACUCCAGAGCCGACCCCCGCAUCGGGCCAGCCGGUCUCAGGCGCAGCAAACGUGCGUCUUGCCCACGUCAAUGUGCCGCUUCCUGAUUUGAAGCUUACGGAAGCGGAGAUGGCCGUCAUCCGCGGCCACGGGCAGUCUCGCUUCAGCACGGCGUCUCGGAAACGUAAAAAGACUAGCCAUGGCUUCUCGUACCGCGUGCCGUUGAUCAACGCGCGCAGUAGUGCCCUCGGCAAGGCCACGACCCUGUCAGGUGGUACAACACCGAGUCAGAUGCCUGCAGGAGACUCGGCCGAGGAUGGAGGUCCGGACACUCCCCUUCGUUCCGUCGAGGAUGUGAUCAAUGAGGAUGACGAUGAAGAGGAUGAUGAAGGUGACGAGGAGGGCGAAGGAGACGAGGAGGGCGAAGGAGACGAGGAUGGUGAGGAUGGCGAGGAUGAAGAUGGUUACUUCUUGGACCGGGAUGAGUUUAGUCGUGAUAAAACAGGUGACCCUACCUCAAAGUCCCCUUUUCCGAAUCCGCAGCGAACGGUGAGGUUUGACCUGCCCAAUCGAGACGACGAGGCUGGGCACGAGAAUGUUGGGCCUGUUCAACGGAACAACACUUUGGGAAGGGGCAUCGAGGAGGUGGGCGCUGGAGCUCAUGAGGAUGACGAAGAGAUCGAGGAGGCAGACGGUUACAUGGGGUCAAACAGAGAGGACCGGGAGUUAUUUGGUGAUGAGUUUGCAACUGACUACGAGGAGGAGCGAGGUUUCAGCAGUGCUGAGGAUUACUGA